UGCGCACGAGAUCGCAGAAGGCGCCAUCUUACAUGUGUGUUUGUUAUUAGCACGUUCGUUUGCUGUGUUCGAGUAGGCUCGUGCGAGUUGGUUUCUCACUCGUUCAGGCGUUUCGUGGCUGCAUUUCUCAAAUUGUGCAAAGGUUUGGACCUUCAUCAUGUCUGAAACGGACUGGGACACUGUCACCUACCUGCGAAAGAAGCCUAUGAAGGCUAGUCAGCUGCGAUCUCAACAGGUAAUCAACGCAGCGCAAAGGCAGGGAGUGCCAAUCGAGACUACAAAAAAAUUCAAUGCUGCAACGAAUAAGAAGACAGUCACUACCUUAAAUACUGCUAAGCUUGAUCGAGAGACGGAAGAGUUGCAUCAUGACCGCAUUGGCCUGGACGUGGGAAGACUCAUUCAACAAGGCAGGCAGGCCAAGAACAUGACACAGAAGGAACUGGCCACCAAAAUCAAUGAGAAGCCUCAAGUGAUAAAUGAUUACGAAGCUGGUCGUGCCAUACCAAACCAGCAAGUCCUGGCGAAAAUUGAAAAAGUGAUUGGAAUGAAGCUUCGUGGAAAGGAAAAAGGAAUGUCAAUGGGCGCCGAGAAGAAAAAGUAGCUGCAAAAGCUUAAGCAGCAAGAAAUUUUUCUUCGUAUGCUUGCUGCAAGUGGCCUAGCUGGACGGAUUUUUAGGGGGCUUUUGACUUUAGCACAUGCAUCACGUUUUGUCGGUUUCUUCAGUCUUGUUAAUAGGCUCCUAGAAGUUUGCAUGGGCCCAGUGUGAUUUAACCUUUUCCCAUGGCAGCGCCAAGGCCACUGAAAAUGCAGUCCAGCAGAGGAAACUUCAUAGCUUCGCAAUAUCGCACAUGCACUCUGUGUGUUUUUUGGCGACUUCAGCUUCAUUGGAAGAAGCAUUUGUGUCUUCAGAGCUUGAAAAACUGUGUGUGUGUGUCUACAAAUAAAGUGUUUGUUUCAAUA